ACUCAUUCUCGCGAGCGGUCAAGAGCUCAAGACCAUGGAUCCAUGCCCAGGUGGCUUAGACGGUGGCGGAGCAUGCGGCGUUGGCGGUGGAGGCGGUGGCGGCGCAGGCGGUGGCGGUGGAGGCGGUGGAGGCGGUGGCCGUGCUAUAUUUCUUCCGAUCAACCAUCCCCAUGGCCACAACCCCACCAUCGAUAAGCGCGACCUUGCCGUAGCGAUGUGCUGCUUCUUCUGCUGCUCCUGCUGCUGCUGCAUCCUACUUGUCGUGCUCUUCAUCUUCGGCUUGCUUGUCUCCAUCAUCCUUGCGGACCCUAGUCUCGUCGACACCACGUUCCAGAAGUGGGCCGUCGUCUGCGAUGCGCCGCAUUGCGCCAACGUCGCCAAAGAGAUGUUCGACAAGGGCGGCGCCAUCGGGGACGCCGCCGUGGCCGCGUUGCUGUGCAUGGGCGUCACCGCACCACAUGUCACCGGUAUCGGCGGAGGUCUGAUGGCCGUCCUUUACGACAAGUCCACGAUGAAGGUCCAAGCCCUGGACGCCCUGGGAGUGUCUCCGGCAAGCGUCACACCGGAUAUGUUUUCAACCAACGCAUCGGCGUUGAAACUUGGUGGCAGCAGUAGCAGGAGUGCCAGCGCUCCGAUCGUACCGGGCGCGCUGGCAGGACUGAAGGCUCUGCACACCAAGGUGGGCAAGCUUCCCUGGAAGGACGUGUUCCAGCCGGCCAUCCGCUUGGCCAAGAAGGGCUUCGCUGUCGGAUCCCACCUCGCCGCCGCCCUGGCCAACAACGAGAAUGUACUUAGCGUGUCGGCUUCCCUCAGGAAGCGAUUCUCCAACAGCACAACCGGCGCUUUGUUGCGCCAGGGGGACAAGCUCGUCCAGGUGCAACUCUCCGAGCUGCUGGCGAAGCUGGCCGAACGCGGCCCGGAGUACCUUUACCAAGGGGAGCUCGCCGACGAGAUCGAAAAGAACAUUGCGGACGCCGGUGGGUCCCUCAGGAAAAGCGACUUGUCGCGAUACCAACCCGUCUGGCAGGAUCCGCUAUCUUCCAGGAUCGGGUGCAGCCAGCACAUACACUCGGCUCCCAUUCCGGGCGCCGGCGUUGUGCUAGCCGUGGCCGUCCACCAGAUAAACGUGGCCGUAAGGUCCCACGUGGAGAUUGGGAUAAAGCACAUAUAUCAUCCCACCAUGACUCCUGCCAGGAUACACCAUUUCGUGGAGGCCUUGAAGUUUGCCUUGGCAAAGCGGCCGGAUCUUGGAGACGAUCACAACGUCAAAGUCAGGCAGACCAGCAUUGUGACCGAUGUAAUCGGAUUCGCUGCGCAAAAUUACGACAAAGCGAAGCCCCUGGCAUCGCCCCAAAAUUACGGCAUCAAGUACGCCCCCGACGAGGACUUUGGCGGCGCGCAGCUGACCAUCGUGGGGCCCACCGGCGACGCUCUGUCUGUCACGUCCGGGCUCAACGGAAUGUUCGGGAGUGGCUUCGAGUCCUCGUCCGGACUGCUGCUCAAUAAUUACAUGGACGCCUUCGCCAAGCCGAGAAAGCAGUUCAACCUGGAUCCAUCGCCGGCUAACCAGUUGGGUCCCGGCAAGAGGCCCAUGACGUCCAUGGUCCCCACCAUCAUCACCAAGUCUGCCACGCCUUCCGAGCUGGUGGGCGCCUUCGGUGGCAGCGGAGGCCUGCCGGCCAUCUCUACAGUGGCGCAGCUUAUCACCUGCGUUCGCAACUACACGCUGCCUCGCUGCGUGUGGAGCGAUGCGCGUGUGCAGCCCACCUUUCGUUCUAUUACGCCCAACUCGGUGUUUGCGGAGCCCAAGACCCGGUUUUUCGACCCGCUUAUCACCUGCGUUCGCAACUACACGCUGCCUCGCUGCGUGUGGAGUGAUGCGCGUGUGCAGCCCACCUUUCGUUCUAUUACGCCCAACUCGGUGUUUGCGGAGCCCAAGACCCGGUACUUCGACCCAGUAUCUCUUCUUCGCAAGCUGGGUGACAGCGUUACGCAGAAGACCAUCAUGUCUGCAGCCACGGGCAUCAUCGUCACAAAGAGCGGCUCUUUCCUGGCACCCAGUGACGUGAGACAUGUUGAUGGCAGCCGCUCGGGAGCAUGAGCAAAAUUAAAUCACUCCAACGACGACGGAAGAAAAAGAAGGGACGAAAAUGUCGUUUUCUUUCGU